CUGACCGAAGAGGUGCCGGGAAACACUUCCUGGAGUUCUCCCCGGCUGCCUGGACCCUACUCGGGCGAGGCCCAUCACCUUCCCCGAGGCUCCGGGCGGGGGCAGCCUGGCGGGCGGCGGGGCCGGGCUCCCGCGGUGACGGAGGUGCGGAAACGUGCUCGGGGAGAGGCUCGGCCCGGGCUCCCGCCCCGCCCCGCCCGCCCAGAAUCGAGUCCUGCGCUGACUGCCCUGAGUUCGCACAAGCCGGCAAGUUUUGUGCCUGCUCCGGUGAGGGGAGGAAAGAUGCCCUCGGAUGUGGAAGUUUAAAGAACUGAACUUGGACUUGGUCUUGCUCUGCCCUGGACUAGAGUGUAGUGAUAGCAUUAUAACUCACUGCAACCUCAGACUCCAGGACUCAAGUGAUCUUCCUGCCGCAGCCUCCCAGUAGCUGGGAUUACAGGUGGUGUUGUAUGUUCACAAAAAGCAGCACAGGGACAGCUGCUGGAGGCCACUCACCAGACGCCAUGAAGGCCACCAGGGUGGAAGAAUGCUGACGAGCCAGCAUCUUCAGUCUACGUUGCGUUGCCUUCUAUUGCAGUCUCAGGGAAAUGGUAUUAAGAGAACAUAUUUGGUGAAAUAAGAAGGUCGUUUUCCACUUGUAGUGACCAACAUGUAGUAAGAUGGACAUCUUGUUCUACAAAAUACAAAGUUCUAUGGUCUCGAAGAAGCAAGUCCCUAUUUAAAACUGAUCGUAAAUAAAAACAGACCUGAGUGGAUAUGAGAAUGUUUGUUAGUGGCAGAAGAGUCAAAAAAUGGCAGUUUAUUCAUCUGUGUGCCACUUGUUUUAUACUAAGCCUCAUGUUUUUUUGGGAACCGAUCGAUAUUCACAUUGUCAGCCAUGUGAAGUCCUACUCUUACAGAUACCUCAUAAACAGCUACGACUUUGUGAAUGAUACCCUGUCUCUCAAGAACAGCUCGGCUGGGGCCCGCUACCCAUACUUGAUUAACCACGAGGAGAAGUGCCAAGCACAGGACAUCCUCCUUUUACUGUUUGUAAAGACCGCUCCUGAGAACCAUGCUCGACGUUCUGCAAUCAGAGCAACAUGGGGCAAUGAGAAGUAUGUCCGGUCUCAACUCAAUGCCAACAUCAAAACACUAUUUGUCUUAGGAACUCCUAAUCCGCGGCAGGGAGAAGCACUGCAAAGAGAAUUGGUUCUGGAAGAUCAAAAGUACCAUGAUAUAAUACAGCAAGACUUUGUGGAUUCUUUCUACAAUCUUACUCUUAAAUUACUUAUGCAGUUGAGUUGGGCGAAUACCUUUUGUCCACAUGCCAAAUUCCUUAUGACUGCUGAUGAUGACAUAUUUAUUCACAUGCCAAAUCUUAUUGAAUACCUUCAAAGUUUAGCACAAAUUGGUGUUCAAGACUUUUGGAUCGGUCGUGUUCAUCGUGGCGCCCCUCCCGUUAGAGAUAAAAACAGCAAAUACUAUGUCUCCUAUGACAUGUACCAGUGGCCAGCUUACCCUGACUACACUGCUGGGGCUGCCUACGUAAUCUCUGGUGAUGUAGCUGCCAAAAUGUAUGUGGCAUCACAGACCCUUAAUUCCAGCCUUUAUAUAGACGAUGUGUUCAUGGGCCUCUGUGCCAAUAAAAUGGGGAUAGUACCACAAUACCAUGGUUUUUUUUCUGGGGAAGGUAAAACUCCUUAUCAUCCCUGCAUCUAUGAGAAAAUGAUGACAUCUCAUGGACAUGUACAGGAUCUUUACUACCUUUGGAAGAAUGCUACAGAUCCGAAGGUAAAAAACAUUUCACAAGGUUUUUUUGGUCGGAUAUACUGCAGGCUAAUGAAGAUAGUUCUCCUUUGCAAAUUUGCCUAUGUGGACACAUAUCCUUGUUGGGCCGCGUUUGUCUAACAGUACUUGAAUGUUGUAUGUUUUCACUGUCACUGAGCCAAACCUGCAUGGGAAAUGUUUAAAUGUUUGUCUACCUUACAUAAAAUGAAUAUGAAAGUCAAAAGAAAUAUUUUGAAAGCCCAGUCUACUGGAAUGUUUCUUUGAUUCUAGAAGCUAUCUUAUAUAACUUAACUACUUCAUUGCCUAAAUUCAUGUCCAGGAAUUCAUAUUUAGAAAAGUGUACAUUAUAAAUGAAAACAAAACCGAAGGGAAAUUCAAGUUAUCAUUUAACUCAUGUAUUUGUGGUGGUGGGAGGUUAAGAAGCCUCGCUGUUAGUUAACUGCUUUUGGAAAGUACCAUUUUCAAAGAAAUGAAUAUAUUGUUAGACCAGGUAUACAAGUUAAUUUUUGUUAAGGAGCAUUUGGUGGAGGUGGUCAGAGAAGGGAAAGGUUAGGAUAAGAGAAGAGUAUGUGAAUCUGGUGAAAGAAAGUCUCUUACGAGGAGACAGAGGAAAAUGUACACCAUUCCUUAUAAACAGCCAAAUCGCGCAUCGUAAAUCCAGGUAUCUAUUUUUACCUUCAUGGUGUUGGAGUCAUUUAAAAUAUAUUUAUAUUUUUUUCAAAGUUUAAUAUGAACCUUGAGAAAAGUUAUUAGCUCUGUCCUAACUGUACUUUAUUUUAUAUAUAUAUAAAUAUUUUUUAAUUUUAGAAAAUGACACAAAAUGUGGAUGGUUUGUUGUUCAUAGGGCCGUUCUUUAGGGAGAAAUUAUUGUUAAUUUAAAUAAGCUGAUUUUAAUUUAAUAAAUUUUUCAACUGGUUUUUAGAUAUUCGAUAUUGGUCUGAACUUAAGGCAGUUAUUUGAAGGUACUUUACAUGGAGGAAUAUAACAACGGGAACUUCUAAAGAAAGGAAAUACAGAACAUUAGAAGUCUCUUUUCUCCAUAAUAAAAUUUGAGUGACUAUAUCUUUGUACUAAUUACUACAAUUAGCUUACCCCUCUCCAACAAGGUCUCUUAAACUCUAUAGUACUUGGUUCCAAGUUCAGAGUUUUUAAAUUGGGAGUUUUAAACCUCAAGGCUAUAAUAUCAAAGACGAUCUAUUUUUUCAUCAAAUAACUCUCAGAAGUGAUCUUUAUCAUUUACAUAUUGCAGACUUGAAGGCAGAGUAACAGUGAUGGAAAAGUCGCCAGAGUGAAGUGAAAACAUUUGUAAAGCUACAUGUUUCUUGUAAUCAUAGGGAUAUGGCUCAGAUUUAAGUGAUGUUUGGUUUACAAAGCAGGAUAAAAUGCGGCUGUAAUGCAAACUACCUCCCCUGACUACAGAAAGAAUUAGGUGAUACCUAUUGCUAGGAAGAUAAUAUGAAGGCCCUAAUGAUGACUUCAGCAAAAGUAGCUGGACUGAUUGUAAAACCUUGACUGCACAGGUACCUGUUAAGGAUAAUAAGAUAUCUCAUUUAAUAAGAUGAUGUCUGAAACAUGCAAAACAAGACUGAGGAAGGUUUCUCAGUAUACCAACUGGAUUAUGAUAUUUACAAUUUUUUUAGCAGGUAGCUUUUUGAAAAUGUUUACAGAAAUUGUUAAUUUUUUUCUAUUUUGAAAUUUGAGGCUUGUUUACAUUGCUUAGAUAAUUUAGUAUCUGUAAUGUCAGAACUACAGUAUCUCAUAUUCUAGGCUGUAGUUACCUUUAGAGUAGGGUCAAGAUUUUAGAGCAUUACAGUUUAACUUUUCUAACCAAUUAAAAAAACUGUGAGAAAAAAAGCACAUUUUGACAAAACAGGCUUAUGAUUAAUUUUUAUUAGUUUAUUCUUUAAUAACCUUUUUGGCCUUUUGACCAUACAUACUCUUGUGUAUCUAUCGUUGGAACUUUAAAUUGCUAUUGGUUGAAAACAUCAGCGCCACUGGCUAUGAAAGUGAUCUUGUUUACACCAAUACUUUUGUGAAAUAGCUAUUUGCUGAAUGAGCUCUCCUGAACUGCAUUUUCUUUUCAUUUUUGCUAUAACAGAAUGGAGCAGGUUUAAAUUUUGGGAAAUAUGAAGGUACUUCAUUUUUUUUUUUUUUUUGUAGAUGCAGAGUUUCACUUUAUUGCCCUCGGUAGAGUGCUGUGGCGUCACACAGCUCACAGCAACCUCCAACUCCUGGGCUUAGGCGAUUCUCCUGCCUCACCCUCCCGAGUAGCUGGGACUACAGGUGCCCAACACAACACCCGGCUAUUUUUUUGUUGCAAUUUGGCCGGGGCUGGGUUUGAACCCGCCACCCUCGGUAUAUGGGGCUGGCGCCCUGCUCACUGAGCCACAGGUGCCGCCCGUACUUCAUUUUUUUUAUAAGAAGGAAGUUGCUAGAUGAUUCCAUCGUCAGACUUAAAAGAAUAGUAUUUGUAAAUUCAAGGGUUCCAACCUUGUGAAAAAGAAGGAAAAACUUUUUGGUGCUCUAAUGCAGGGCUAUCUUUUCUAAAAAUGUCAACAAAGGGAAAAUAAACAAUUACCAUGGAUGGUCAUUUGAGUUGAGUAGAAGAUGAUUAUACACAGUGUUAAAUUAAAUUUUUUUUUACCUUUC